UUUGACGGGUGGGAAACUGUUUUGAACCCUGAUAAAUUCAACCUCAUUUCAAUCAUCAAAUUCCGCCGUGUGAAAGAUGACUUCACGUAUAAUAAAUCAGCCGAGCAUACUGAGAUAUCUAAGUUCGUGUCGUAUAUUGCAGAAACUGCAACAGGUGAAAAGUGGAAGAAGGCCGCUUCAGCUCUACACAAAUAUGGAAUGCUAAAUAGAAGGAAUUGGGCACAACCACCUAAGCGGCCAAGCAAUGUCAGGCUAGUUAUGGGGACUUCUCCGGUGGAAAAUCAUUUGUUGGAGGUGAAGUUAAAGCAAGCUAAGGCCCAGUUUGCAGUCGAUCUUUCUAUAAUGGGGAAUGAAGCUCAUAUGAUCACAAACCAGACAAAAUUAGAUUUUAUAUCGAACCCAAGUAUCGAUCCGGAAAAUGUCAGAAAACGUUCAUCAGAAUUGAUAGUGGAUGAUGAUACCAUAAAUUCAGUUGUUCCUAACACUGGCAAGAAGAUUAAAACAACUCAAGAUCCCUCCAUGUCUGUUCCUUCCGCAAGUACCAAUGACGAGACUGAGGAGUCAUCUGAUCCUGAUGAGCAACUUGAAAUUAAUCUCACGAGAUCACGAAGCAUGGAAGGUUGGAAACAUAAACGUUACGCAGAGAUUUCGUCAGUAUCAACGAAAGUCAGAAGUAAGAUUACAUUCUUAUUGAAUUUAUCCUUUGCAAUCAUACUUCAGGGCAUUGGCGUCGAUCAUUGUUCUUGCCCAUGUCUAUAUCCGGAUUUCACUGAGACAGAAUGGUAUACAAUAACUCGAACCAAACCAUUUGUGAUCGAACAGCCCAUCAUACUAUCAUCAAUAUCUACUACUUUUCAAGAGGCAGCAAGAAAACAUUUAAUGGAUGAGGAUAGUUACAUUUACGCUGAUAAUUCGGAAUUGGGCAGAGCCGCAGCUUGCACGUUUAACGAGCUACGCAAUCUCCCUCCACUUGCUCCCUCCAAAAUGUCUGAGGCAUUGCAUUGCUGCAAUCUGUUGUAUCCCCAUGUGCAUCCUAUAUUCAACCAACCUCUUAGAGAAUAUGAAGUUCGAUUAAACCGUGUUGUCAAAGGCACAAAAAAAAGGCAUGACCUCUCUUGUGUGGUUGACGAAAUACCGGUUCUUAACUCUGAGUUUAAACCGCUCGGAUGUACACCACUUCAAAAAAAGAAAGAUUUCGUAAAAGUACAUUUGAGAACUAAGGAAUCAAUAAAUCAACAAUUCAAUUUAAAAGGUGGUCCCGGUGAAUCAGGGCUAUUUUACAAACAUGGUGCGGAUUAUUUGGACUCUGAGUUGGCAGUGUGGUAUGUGGGAAUAAGUUCUCGCGCAAGUCACGUCCAUGUCGGCGUGGGUGCGCAACUUACUCGGAGAAUAGCUAUACAGUUGUUCAAAGAAGCAUCAAUGCCAUUGAUAGAAUCAACGUUUUGUCACUUCGUAACAUUAGAGGAACGAGUAAACAAACUGGCCAAGGAUUUUAAAAGACGCAAACAACCAUUCACGCCACCCCAACAAAUGAAAUUUAUGAACGAAUUUCCAAAUUCUCCGCAACUUAGGCAGUUGUUUGGAUGA